GAACAAACACCUAUAAAUUCAUACGAAUUGACAAAUGAAAAUACCCAAAAACCCAACCCAGAAACUGGCCAGCACAAAUGGCUCCAUUGGAAUUUGAUCACACGCGUGCACUUCUACUAAUGUAUUAUUGAUGGUGCUUACAUUUGACUGCAUUCGGAAAUUGUGAAAUUGGGUUUGAUAUAAGGGGUAGAGGUUAGGGCAGGUGAUUGUAUACAUGAAAAAAGGAAAAUAUUGGGGCUAAGGUUUGGUCUGGUGAAGGGAAAGAGGUCAAAUUGUUGAGUGAUAAAUUGUAUCUAUGGGUACACUGGUGGCAAAUUCAUGGAGAAAGUAUGUCACCCCUUGUUGGCGGCCCUCAGUGUUGAGGCAAGGGGAGAAUUGCAGCAAUAAAGUGGGCGAUCCUAGUGGUCGGGCGGACAAGUUGUGGUGGUACAAAGAUAUAGGACUACAUAUGUACGGGGAAUUGUCAAUGGCGGUUAUCCAAGCAAACAAUGUAUUAGAGGAUCAAUGCCAAGUAGAGUCGGGGCCGAUGAGUUAUAUGGAGGCUGGCCCUCAAGGGACAUUUGUUGGAAUCUACGACGGGCAUGCUGGCCCUGAAGCUUCCCGGUUUAUAAACAACCAUCUAUUGGAAAAUAUUAAGAGAUAUACAUUCGAGAGUCGAGAGAUGUCGGCAGAUGUUAUAAAAAAUGCAUAUUUAGCAACGGAAGAACAAUUUCUUUCUAUGGUGAAGAAGCAAUGGGAAAUCAAACCACAGAUCGCAUCUGUGGGUUCGUGUUGUUUAGUAGGCGUAGUAUGUGACGGGAUGAUAUACACUGCAAAUGCUGGAGACUCUAGGGUGGUGUUAGCAGCAGUAGAAAAGUCUGGUAAACAGGUCAAAGCCAUUCAAUUAUCAGACGAACACAACGCCAGUGUUGAAUCUGUCCGGGAGGAGCUGCGCUCGUUGCAUCCUGAAGAUCCAAAGAUCGUCGUUCUUAAGCACAAUGUUUGGCGAGUGAAGGGUGUUAUUCAGAUUUCCAGAUCGAUAGGCGACGCCUACUUGAAGAGUGCAGAGUUCAACAAACCGCCUUUGAUAGCAAAAUUCAGGAUUCCAGAUCCUUUUGAGAAGCCAAUCCUGUUGGCCGAGCCAUCAAUACACGUACACAAACUUCAACACGGAGAUCAAUUUCUCAUAUACGCCUCGGAUGGUCUAUGGGAACACCUCAGCAAUCAAGACGCAGUCAACAUUGUCCACCACUCUCCACGCAACGGCAUUGCCAAGAGGCUAGUAAAAGCUGCGCUCAAGGUUGCCGCGAAGAAGAGAGAGAUGAGAUAUUCAGACCUGAAAAAGAUCGACAGGGGCGUGAGGAGACAUUUCCAUGACGACAUCACUGUAAUAGUCCUCUUCCUCGACUCACAUUUGAUCAGCCAGAGCUCGUUUCAGCGGCCAGUUCUUUUGGUGAAAGGAAGCGGGGUAGCGCCCGGAGAUGCCGACGCGUAGACUAGAUUGGUGGUAUAAACAUGUUUUGUUUUUGAUAAGUUUCAUCGGAAGAAAGAUAUUUGAUAGAUGUAUAGAGCUGCCUUUUGGCAUCUCAAAAAAAUUGAUUAUAUGUUAAUGAUUAUGCCAGGAAGAUGCAGAGGGACUUAUGUUCUUGAAAUUUUUCAUGCUCACUGGCAUAUGAAACACGAAUUUUGCAGGAUAAGAAACAUAGGAAUUACUGGUGAUGAUAUGAGAAAAUUAUUAUUCAGUGUUAAGUCGAAAAAAUUCUUGUUUAGGAUAAUAUUAUGAUAAAAAGUUCAUUGAA